AUGUCGAACGAUGAGACCACCCCGCUGUUGAACAAGAUGAAGUCAGACUCGGCGGAUAAUUUGAGGGGCAAUAUCCGCACGUACCCACCUGCGUCCGAGGACGGGCACAGGACCCUUGUUUUGUUGUUCGAUGGAACGGGCGAUACUGAUAAUGACAAUGAUAUCUCCAAUGUUAUUGCGUUGAAAAAUAUGCUCCAUCCGUUGGAGGACCACAAGAAGCAGCUGGUGUACUACCAGACAGGUAUCGGGACGUAUGACGCGUACAUCCCUUGCUUGACCAUCAAGAUUCCAUUCAUUGGCGAGCUGUCUAGGUUACUGGACAGCGCUAUAGCUUGGAGUUUGUCUUAUCAUGUUGUAGGUGGGGUGAAUUUCCGCGGUCUAGUUUAUCUGCGUACUGCUGACGGGAUACUUGGUGUAGAGGCUUACCAAUGGCUUAUUGAUCAUUACCAGGAAAAUGAUAAGGUUUGCCUGUUUGGUUUCUCCCGGGGUGCAUACACCGCUAGAGCUGUCAGUGCGAUGAUCAAUAAAGUCGGUCUGCUUCCUCGGGCCCUCAAGGACAAAGCCAAGGAUGCAUAUAAUUCGUUUGCGAGACAAGGCUGUGGUAAAUGGAAGGAUUCCGAGGCCUUCCGCAAGGAGAACGCUUGCAGAGAUGUUAUCAUGGAAUUUGUUGGCGUCUGGGAUACAGUGAACUCGGUCGGCAUCAUCAGCGCACGGAAGCUCCCGUACACUGCGAGCAAUAGCUCUGUGCGUACGUUCAGGCAUGCAGUGUCAUUGGAUGAGCACCGUGCGCGCUUCCGCUCGAAUAUGUGGAACCCACCCUCAACCGAUCCGAAGAAGCAGCCGUGGCCCCUGGUGACUGAUGUUGACCAGGUCUGGUUUGCAGGUGCUCACUGUGAUGUCGGAGGAGGAUCUGUUCCCAACGGUACUCGCCCUAAUCUGGCACACAUACCUCUGAGAUGGAUGGUCCGGGAAUGCUUCAAAGCAAAGACUGGGAUAACGUUUGAUCCAGCAGAAAUUAGUGCCAUUGGAAUAAACCCAGACGCGCUCUACCCUGAGGUGCUGGAGCGCCCUGCUGCUCUUGAGCCCACGCCAGACUUGAAGCCGUCGACAGUCACCGUUAAAAAACCGGGUGUCGCUCAGCACGCUGGAUCAUGGCUCAAAAGCUGGUUUUCCACCCCUCGCGCACCCGAAACCCAAGACUACAGAGUGUACACUGAAGAACAGCUUGAUCUUAUGGAUGCGUUGGCACCAAUAUACGACCAGUUGAUUAUCCACAAGAUGAAGUGGUGGCUCUUGGAGCAUAUAUGGCUGAAGGGCUACUCGCCGCAAGAGAAGCGCGAUGUGUGGCGGAGGAACUUGGGACGUGGGCGGACGAUUCUCCCGCCUGUUGAUGCAGACCUCACAGACCCGGUGAAGGCCAAAGCGAAGCAUCAGGUCCCUCUGGAUCCACGAUGGGCGAAGCUUCGCGUUCAUAGGACGGUACGCACGCGUAUGGCGUGUGUGGGGGAUGAUAAGCAUCCGCCAUAUAUUCCUAAAGCGCUUAUGAAUGGAGAAACUACGUUGGAUAAGUUGGAACCUGCGCUGAUUCAAUGGGUGGAUUAA